GGCGCCGGCGAGAUCCGGUCCCUUGACCUCCGCACCACCACCCCCGGUCCCAGCAGCUCGAACUUGGGCGUGGUCUCCGGCGCCACGAACCCGCUCCGUGCAUGCUGGAACGAGAAGGACGGUGCGACGUCCGCAUCGCCGCCCAGGUCAGGCAAGCCUGACCCUACCCCUUCCGUGUUCGCGGCCACCGAGGGGACGCUGUCGAGCGUCGCGACGCACGCGCGGCGUUGCUUGGGCUCGGGCAGCAGCAGCCGCUCCCUCUCCUCCUCCCUCGCCGGAGCACUGCGGUCUUCUCCUCAGCCUUCGUCGCGGGCUUCUCCUCCUCCUUCUUGGCCUCCGUCGCGGGCUUUUCCAUCCAUGUGCUGUUAAUUGAGGAGUGGAAAGAUGGAUUUGCCCCUGGCCCCACAUGCUCCACCUUCUCCGACGCACACUCCGUCGGCGCCAUGGACUACCUGUUGUUCAAGGACCGCCUCGCCGCCACGCCCCAAGGCGAGAUCGACGCCAGGUACCAGGCGGCGGGGCGGCACUUGGACGGCCACGGGACGACGGGCCGCGGCGAAACGGGGCCUGGGACGGAUGAGGGCCGGCAACGAGCUCCGUGCCUCGAGCUGCUUCACCGCAGCGCUGGCGAGAUCUGGUCCCUUGACCUCCGCACCACCACCCCCUGUCCCAGCAGCUCGAACUUGGGCGUGGUCUUCAGCGCCACGGACCCACUCCGUGCGUGCUGGAACGAGAAGGACGGUGUGACGUUCGCGUCGCCGCCCGGGCCAGGCAAGCCCGACCCCGCCCCUUCCGCGUUCGCAGCCGCGGAGGGGACACUAUCAAGCGCCGCGACGCACGUGCGGCGUUGCUUGGGCUCGGGCAGCAGCAGCCACUGCUCCCUCUCCUCCUCCCUCGCCGGAGCACUGCGGCCUUCUCCUCUGCCGCCGCCACAGGCUUCUCCUCAGCCGCUGGCACAGGCUUCUCCUCGGCCGCCGUCGCGAGCUUCUCCUCCACAUCUUCUCGGCCUCCGUCACGGCCACCUUGGCCGCCGCCGCCGCGACGGGCACGGCUUCUUGCUUCGCCUCGUCGGCCAUGCAGGUGAACCUGGACAUGGAGGACCAGGCGCAGGUGCUGGCCUCCCCGUGCGACACGCUCGUCGGCGUCUACGACGGACACGUCGGGGCUGACGCCUCCUGUUUCCUCUGAUCUCGACUCUUCCCCAUGUCCAACGUGCGUGGAGGGGUGGGGACACGGCAGCCGACGAGGCGGUGGCGUAGGAGGGGUAGGAAGUGAGGAGGCUGGAGCUGCAGCUCUGCUUGCCUCCGGGUCGCGCUUGGCGUGGACAAGACUUUGCUACGGAUGCUGGGAGUAGGGAUCAGAUCUGGUGACGGGAGGUAGGAGACUAUGGGUGGGUCCCACAGGCAGAGCUCUACGUUGGACUUGAGAGGCACUAACAUGUGAGGCUAGGGGUAAAUCCGUCUUUCCACACCUCAAUUAACAGCACAUGGAUGGAAAAAGGGACGGAAUCUCACUAAACGUAUAAACCAAAAUUUCUAUGGCACUGAGGGAAAUUCCUAAAAUUUUGUGGCAGUGAAGGAAUGGGCUAGAUUUUUUGUGGCACUGAGGGAAUUGGCUCACAAAAUUAUAGGUGUUUGGAUGGUCACCUGGCAAAAAGGUCAACUAGGUUAAAUAUCCAAACAUAUUUGUAGUCUACUUGGAACGUGUCUACCUGAAAUCUGAUAAUGAAGGAUAAAAUUGGCAGUGC